GUUACUAAGGAAUACAAAAAAACUAUAAUAAUAAUGCAAAAAAAAUGAAAGAUGUCUACAGGCGCCAGAAAUAAAUGCUGCAUACAGUAUUGGUAAACUGCCGCUAGAUUCUAGACAUAGCGCCAAAUUUGCCCCCGUUGUUUCUAUUUUUGUUAGUAUCACCCCCACUUUACGAUAUGUUAAAUGUAUUUGUUUAACCACCAGUGCUCUUGGCUUUACGAAAACGUUUAGAAGAAUUUUGCACCAGCUUUACAGAUUAUCUUAAUUGGCAACACUUUUGUGCAGCACUUGAGCUUCUCUGAGCCACUCAAACAAGCCCGCUGUUUGGUCUCAGCAGCAGGUACAUGACAUUGAAGCGAGGUGAACGGCCAGCAGAACAGAGGAGGGCUCCCUUUCUGCAAGUGUUUCCUGUGCAGUGAAGUAAAAAUGGCGACUCCCAUGGAACUGAGCUGCUGGGGAGGCGACUGGGGUUUGCCUUCUAUUCACACUGAAUCUCUAAUUGUCAUGGCAUAUGCAAAAUUUUCUGGGGCUGAGCUGAAAAUCCAGACUAUUGAUUGGACGUGGAAGACAUUAACAGGGACUGUACCAGCACUGAACUUGGAAGAUGCCGUUGUGACCAAACCUGUACACAUAUUGAACUAUUUAAGGAAACAGAAAUACAAUGUUGACUACGACUUAACAGCUAAGCAGGGAGCUGACACACUGGCCUAUAUUGCACUUCUGGAGGAGAAGCUGCACCCAGCCCUGCUGCAUACUUUCUGGGUUGAUGCUGAAAACUACUCCAAUGUUACCAGGCCAUGGUUUGCUUCCAGAACCCCAUUUCCAUUGAACUUUUACCUGCCAUGUAGGCAAUCCAGUGCAGCACUAAACCGGAUUCUUCUGACCAAAGGGGAACCUCCAUUGCACAGCAUCACUGAAGUCGAGGCAAAGAUUUACAGUGAUGCCAAGGAGUGCCUAAAUCUUUUAUCACAUAGACUGGGAACAUCGCAGUACUUCUUUGGGAACAAGCCUACCAGCCUGGAUGCCUUUGUGUUUGGAUUCCUUGCACCUCUGCAUAAAGCACAUCUCCCCAGUGGGCAGCUUCAGCAGCACCUCAAACAGCUCCCCAGCCUGGCUCACUUCUGUGACAAUAUUAUCAGCACCUACUUCAUACAGGACGGCUUGGGCUCGUCUCCCGCUGGCCAGGACACAGUAGAUGCAAAUCUGCAGAAACUGACGCAGCUUGUAAAUAAGGAGUCCAACUUAAUAGAAAAGAUGGAUGACAAUCUCCGCAGCAGCCCUCAGCACAGAGCGAGACGGUCGACUAAUUCAAACGCCUCCCUUGUAGCUGAGGAAAGCAGCUCCUCAACGCCAGCCUGACUGAACAGCUCUGCCUCUGUUUCAGGGUUCGGAGAAUGGGAUAUCAGUGCAGCCCCGGACCUGAGGAAGCAUGAUUGUAGAUCCCAACACCCUGAUCUCAGCAGAGAGGGCUACGCCCUUAACUCCAUCCUACUGGGGGAAGCCUGGCAGCUCAAAACAAACAGCAGUCUAAAUCAAACUAGUGUUUCAGAUAUCUCUUUCCAGCAUGGUUCAAAGAUCGCCUUAACAUAAAAUACAGGCAGAUUUUGAAGCUUUGUUUUACUGGUCUGGAUCAGAGGUGGUUAAAGAGUUUGUUCCAGUGGCUAAAUCUAUACACUGCGAGUAGGAACAUUUUUGCAGUUCCACUGAUGUUUUAAAACCUGUUAAUUUAAUCAAAGCUUCAAUUAUGUUCAUAGUAUAACUACGAUUUAAAAUUAAUGUAUGGAGCCAAGUGCUAUGUUUCUGGGAUCCACAAAUUUCCCACACAUUUUUAUGGUUUUAAAAGUUUUUGUCCCGUCUUUUUUUGUUCGCCUUAUACCCAGUUUGUAGCCUCAACACGCCUGGGUUCAGGAACCUCUUUCCUCAGCUAGCCUGAUCCUGAGUCUGCAGUUCUCCACACCAAGGCCCGUUACAUCGGGUGGGUCUGUACAUUUUCAAUUUGUAACUUCAUCUCAGUAGAAAGCCAUCAUGGAUGUUUUUUCAAGACGGUUGAUGGACCAUUUUGCACAUGUUCAGGUUGACUGAUGGACCAUUUUGCACAUGUUCAGGUUGGCUGAUGGACCAUUUUGCACAUGUUCAGGUUGGCUGAUGGACCAUUUUGCACAUGUUCAGGUUGGCUGAUGGACCAUUUUGCACAUGUUCAGGUUGGCUGAUGGACCAUUUUGCACAUGUUCAGGUUGGCUGAUGGACCAUUUUUCACAUGUUCAGGUUGGCUGAUGGACCAUUUUGCACGCUGUACAUUGUGAGAAGCAUGAAUAUGACCCGGCACGCCUUCACCGAAAGCUCAUGUGUGGUACAGUGUGUGGCAUGAUGGACUGUGUAGUUCUGUAGUUUUAUUGUGUGUCAUUGAGGGCGUUCUGUAUGGAGGAGUCAGGAAGCUGUUUGUUGCUUUUCAGGUAACUUGGAAGAAAGAUUUGAUUAUGCUUCACAAAUCUGAUCGGGACAAGGAAGUGCCUUGGCUGUUUCCAUGGAUAUUCUGCCUUCAUUGUCGGGAAGUGAAGACUUUAUUAUUUAAUUAAGCAACUCUAGGGAGUAUCUUGUACUGGAAUUCAUCCUCCUGUCACUAAUGUUUCAACCACAACACGGUAUCCACAAAGUAAUGAUGAUUUCUCAAAUCCACUUUUUUGUUUAACAAACUGUGGACAGGUAUACUGAACCUUCGAACUGAAGUAUUAGGCACUGCUAGGCUCGUAAAGGUUUGUAAAAAUGGGAUUAUUCAAGAUAAAUGUAUUAAGUGUUCAACAAACUCAAAUGAAAACUGUCUUUAUGAUUCUCAAGACAGUCCACUCCACAGAAGAUAUUUACAUCAAACUACUAUAGGGCAAAGGGGGGGGAGGGGGGGUACCGGUAUAUUUUUUACCCUGCAGAAUUAUUACCAUUGAAUCAACUAAUUUACCUCAGAUCUAGAAUGUACUGCAAAUUAAUGAAUGGAUCAUACUAUUCUUGUAAUUCAGGAGUGGGGCUGAAUUUAAAGUAAUCAUUAUUAAUAUAUAAUCUUUACUACUGAUUUGAAUGUAAAGCAUACUGUAUGUACAUUGGCUGUAUGAUUUGUUCUGCUGCAACAUUAGAUACAGAAAAACGCUUGACAUUACUCUAUGAAUGGAACUAUUAUUGUUAGAUCAAUUUAUCAUUUUAUAUUGCGUAUCUAUAUAUCAGUAACCCAUCCAUUGUCGCAUGUUUAAGCACUGUGUUUUCAUAUAAUUACUUUUUUUCAUUUUCAUUGACGUUUGGUUAGCUUAUGAAAAUGUCUGGCCCUGAAAAGUAAAAACAUAUUUCUGGUGCCGAAGUCAUGUUUUAAUUAACAGAUUUGAAAUGUUACAUCUAGUGUUGAGUUAUCUUAAGAACUGCUUGUACAGUUGCGAAAGGCCAUUCUCUUUUCAAGAGCAUAAGGGAAGGUAUGCAUAGGUACAUCACCAUGACUUUCUGAGUCCUGCCCUUAUACAUAUAACUAAUAACACCAGGCAGAAUGAAAUAUGUAAAUUAGUGCUCGUUACUUUUAAUGCAGUACACAUGCGCUAGUCAGUAGUGUAAUCUGUACAUAAUGGUCUUUCUAGCUACAGUAAGGAGCAGUCUGCUAAUCCUGGUACUUUUUUGUGUGCCUAAAGUGUUGGCAAUAGCAAUCCAAGGGAUUACCCAAUAGACUGACAACCAAGCUGUGUGCCACAAAGUCUGCUUGCCUGGUAUUUUUUCCACUCUUUGGACAGCAUUAAACUUCUCUUAAAGACGCUACACAUUGCCCAUUACUGUAGAAUGAUCCUUGUACUGUAUAUGUGUGUGUGUAUAUUUAGGAUGUACCGUAGCAAGCAGAUUCAUUUCAAAUCCUUUAUUCACUACUGUUGCUUAAGAUGUUAUGCAGACGUUUUGACAUUCCGCUGCAGCUAACGAAAUGAUAAUAGACAGUUUAUUCAAAAGCUCAGCAAUGUAUAGUUGAGGUAUUUACAGUAGCUAUCCUCAUCCUUAACCAAGGAAAUGCACUGGAACGAAUGCUCAAUGUGUUUUCUUUCUUUUCUUUUCUUUUGACAUGAUUAUUCUGUUAUCUGCCUUGUCAUCCCCAAUCUUAACCCCCUGUUUUGUGCUAAUGUUGAAGCAUUUAAGAGUCAUUUAAGAAAUAGAUUGGAUUGAACAAAGUCCCAGUCAUUGUGAACUCUUUCCGUCUACAGGGGAGAUAUGUAUGCUGUGGUACAUCUUAUUACUACUAGCCAGUAACACAGUAUGAUUCAAUAAUGAAUGUGCUUCUUGUUGCCUUAUGAAUGAUCUCAGUAUGAUUUAGCCAUUGAGCAGUUUGUGUCCUUCAGUAAUGCAUGCACUUUAUAUCCUGUGGUUGCGUUUCCAGAUCUUGUUUUAGUUGUGUGUGUGUGCUGGUUUCUCACUCAAUAAUAGUAAUAAUACUAAUAAUCUCAUACUUGAAUAACAAUAAUAGUAAAUCAUUAUUACUGGGUUUGAAUGAUUAUUGUUUCCCUUUGUUAUCGGUUAUAUCUGUGUAAAUAGAGAGGGUCGUUUUGUGAUUGUUCAUAUUUGUUCUCUGAACCCUUUUACAGGUAGUACAUUGUGGUUCACUGAAAGGCUAACCUCCGAUACAUCAGGCGGUUUUGACCAGGUUCUGAGCACAAUCUACCACUUUCUCUUGCUCUUUUUCUAAAGGUAUUGGGGGAGGAGUUGUAUCCUGUAGUAAGUCAAUAAAGAGCAAGGCAAGGUGAAGAAGAAUGUCUGCCCUUAAUAUGUUUAAUGCUAUUCUUUUAACAAACAAAUAACUUCCUAUGCACUUUGUGUGUGACUGACUAACCUGUAAGAAAUAACAAUAAUAAAAAACAUGCAAAAUUAA